AUGACGCAUAUUAGGGAUAGGCGAGGUAGAAAAUUCGAAGAUGCAAUUGUCUCAGAUAGUGCAAGGAAGCAAAGGCGACAGAACUUGACAGCUAGUGCAAGGAGAGCUAGGGCUGCUAAAGCCGCUUCAAGUGCUCAAGAUGGAACUCAACAAGCAAGUCAAGAAGGUUUUCAACCAAGUUCCCCUCAAUCAGAACCAGUUCAAGAAGGUGUUCAACCAAGUGCUCCACAAAUUCAACUAGAAGCACCCGAAGAUAGAGUACCAGAAUAUCAUUCCGAUGCGGUUCGGUUGCUCAAACCGACCGCUGCACCAACUAAAAUGCUGGAUUGGCCUUUGAAGGAUGAAUGUGAAAGGUUCAAGACCAUUAUUGCAAAUUCAGGGUUGGCUGAUGUUGCGGAUAACUCAAUGUUGGAACAUGACCGGGUGGCUAUAUCGGCGUUUGUGGAGAGACUUUAUCCUGAGACCGACACCUUCCAUAUGCCGUUUGGGGAGAUGACGAUUACUGAAGGAACCAAGGAAAAAGAAGAGAAAAUAACUUUAACCGAUGAGCAAGUCAACCACGCGGCCACCGCAUAUCUCCUAUGUGUAUUGGGAUGUAUCAUUUUCCCCAAUACCAAUGGCAAUCGGGUAGACGCCAACCUUUUACAACUUAUGGAUCCUCUCGAGAAAGUGCAUGAGUACUUUUGGGGUACGUCAUGCCAUGCAUGGUUGAUGGAAGAGUUGAAAAAGGCGUCGAGGGUUGGAAUUAGCCAAGUGGCCGGGAACGUGAGUCUACUACAGGCAUGGAUCCACGACCACUUCCCUAUCUUGAAAUUGGCCAUUGAAAACCCGGCGUGGAAGAAAGGCGAUCCUAGAGGAACAAAGUACGUCUUUGAUGACAACCAUUCUAGGACGAAGGAUCAACAACUGAUUCGUUUGAGGGAGGUUUUGGACUCACUGACAGCCCAAGACGUAUGCUUUGAUCCGUACAAGGAAGACCGAGCUGGUGGACAUAUCGCGGGUCGAUCCGAUUUGGCCCUUUAUUUUUGA